AUGACAACUGAUCGAGCACAGCUGCAUAACAUGAUGGAAGGCUUUUACAGCAUUGAUGACUUCCCAAAUAUCGUCGGAGCAAUAGACGGGACGCACAUUAGAAUAAAAUCUCCAUUAGAAGAUGAACAUUUAUAUGUGAACAGAAAAAACUACCACUCUAUUAAUGUUCAAGGAGUUUGUGACUCUAACAUGAAAUUUCUAAACAUUGUAGCUAAAUGGCCAGGUGCAACUCACGACGCCUUCAUUUGGGCUAAUUCUAGCUUGAGUGAAAUGUUUGAGGACGGAACAAUUGAUCAUGGAUGGCUGAUAGGAGAUAGUGGGUAUCCACUUCGACCAUGGCUUCUCACUCCUGUGCUUAACCCAACAACGAGAAAUCAACAAAGAUACAAUGCUUCCCAUAUGAAGACGAGGAGCGUUGUCGAAAGGAGUUUUGGAGUAUUAAAAUCACGUUUCCGUUGCAUAGAUGCAAGUGCUGGCACAUUGCUUUACAGACCAUUAAAAUGCUGUGACAUUUUUAUUGCUGUUGCUGUUUUACAUAAUAUGUGUAUAGCAAAUAGAAUCCCAUUGCCGGCAGACAUUGACCGAACUCGCCCAGACCAAGGACACAUAGACAGACAACAGUAUGUCGGCCAUUUGAAUGAUGGUGCAAAUGUUAGAAACAGGCUGAUAAAUGGAAGAUUUGGACAUUGAAUAAAUUGUAUCAUCCAAUUACUUUUUAAUAUUGUAUUUUUUAUCAUUACAACUACCAGAUAUUUAUUAAAUCCUCUACUCUUUG